AUUCAGCACCCAAAAUAGACCGUCUCGAACGGAUGACAUUUGGUUUGGAAGCGACCUUGCAAAGCCAGCGAAAUCUUGUUUACGUUUGUCGCAGUAGCGAAGCAGUUCUUUGGCGAAAGUUUUGAAUAUUACUGCAACGAACAAAUCGUUAAAAAAUCACAGCCUAAGAAAUGGCGCACACAUUGAACGUUCAAUGGGUGUCGGAUGACGGGGAAGAAAUCCAAGUGAAGGAGGAAGAUGUUGUGUACGAGGAUAUCGAAUAUAUUGAAGAAUAUUCGCUCGACGAACCAAACACAUCCGAGGGUGCGGUAUUGGUAAACGAAGAAACAAACACAUAUGUGACAAAAAUUGAAACCAUCGAUAGUGCGUUGGAUAUGCUUCAGAAUUCCGUAUGGUCUAUCCAACCACCAGAACAAGCUGGUACACUGGGGCGCAAACUGGCACAUCCCCGUUCUCUCCCGAUUGGGUUGGCAAAAUCAGCGAAAGGUUUUGCCGAUUGUUUGUCCCUUUUUCUAGAUGCGGACGUGAUUGCCAUGAUCACCGAAUACACCAACGAGCAGAUAAAGAUUGAGCAGCCUAACUACUCCCGCGAGCGUGAUGCAAACUUAACAGAUGAAACGGAAAUUAGAGCUUUGCUCGGUAUCUUAUUUAUUGCCGGUACGGUGCGCGACGGGCGAGAAAACAUUGAGUAUCUGUUCGACACUAAAAUGGGCACCGGUUUAGAAGCCGUCUAUCUUACCAUGUCCUCCCUGCGGUACCAUUUUCUCAUUCGGAACAUUCGUUUCGAUGAUCCAGCAGCGGCCUUAGAGGAAACGGAAGGCGAUAAGCUAGCGCCGAUAAGAGCGGUGUACGAGCGUAUAGUCAGCAACUGCCAGAAAUACGUCCGUCCCGGACGUUUCCUUAUGUUGGAUGAGCAGACGGUACAGUUUAAAGGGAAAUGUGAAUUCCGCCAAUUCCUGACAAGCGUUCCUGGCAGGGUGGGAUUUAAAUUUCAUCUACUGGCAGACUGCGAAACUUCGUACAUAAGCAAUUUGGAAAUGUUAGUGCCUGAUAAUCAAAAUCCGUACAACUUGAGUUACGCACCGAUCGAUGUUGCCAUGCGAUUGACCGAACCGAUACAGGGAAAGCAGAAGACGGUCGUACUCGGUCCUUCAUUUACAUCACCCGAGCUGAUUAAGAAGCUAUACAAUAGCCGAACGAUGGUAAUAGGCGAGGUGAAGAAAUCGUACCCGGACAUUCCAAAAGCAUUCGUUUCGAGCAAGGGACGCCCGGAACAUACCACCCUGGCUGCAUAUAACGACGCAUUGACGCUGGUGUCGUACGUAACUAAGCGGAAGGAUCUGCUGAUACUCAUGUCCUCUUUUACAGAUAUCGAAACGGAAGAGAGCGAAGAGUCUGAAGUAAUUCAAAAGCAGAACCAGCUCUUUCAGCUGGUAGAACUUUACAAUCGGACCAAAAGUACUGUACAAAGCAUCCAGCAGAUGUGUACAAUGUAUGAUGUUGUGCGAAGCACUCGCCGGUGGCCGAUGGUCGUCUUUUUCAAUCUCAUGAACCUGAGCGCCAUCAAUGCGUGGUGUAUCUAUCAAUUAAACAAUCCAGACGAGAACAAAAUAAGCCGGCGAGAUUUUCUGGUCAACAUGUCACUAGAGCUUCUACGUCCACAGGCACGAAGGCGGUUGGACAACAGAACAAUAUCGCGUACACUGAAACAGCGUAUCGCUACCUUUCUGGGGAUAAAUCGGGAAGAGUACGAAACCGUCCCGGUGUUUGAGAAUCGGAAAGAUUCGCGAGGCCGUUGUUACCUGUGCAGCAGGGCACGCAAUAAAAGCACUCGCAUGUCAUGCAACAAUUGUGGUAAGUUUACCUGCGGUGCACAUUGCGCACAUUUGUGCCGUACAUGCUACAUGGAAGACGGUACGGAAGAACAGUAAUUAAUGAGAAGAUAGAACUGCAGUAUCGAACAAUACAGGUGAAAAAAACCUGAAUUAUGUUUAUUUGUAAGACUCAUGUAUCAUUUGAGAAAGCUGCAUUUAGUUAGCUUUUAGUUGUAAUUUGAGUAAUUGAGGUGAGUUUGUUACCUAUCUAAAAGGUUUUGCGAUGAUCGUUCAAUAUCACCGUUUGAAUUUGCACAAAACAAGACAGCUGACUGAAUUGCUAUGUUUGAAUUUGAAAGUUCACCGUGAUCAGAUUCCACAUCAAUUGCACGAAUUAUUUUUGAGGGAAAAGUAUUGAAUUUUAAAAGAUUUGUUUAUUAUUGUGUCUUUCGUAAAUAUGCUUCAUUAUUGAAUCCCCCCCGCUUCAUUACUGAAUCUAAUUUUAAGAAUGGCUUAUUCCAGUCUUCUGCCCUUCUUAUCGGACUACAUGCAUGUUAUUCGGCCUACAAUCAUAAAAACCUAGAAACAAUGCCGGCAGUAGAAUGAGUCUUUAGCAAGACUGGCGUCAUUAUUACCAAACUGGCGUCAUUAUUCCUGGUAGUCAUUUUUUUUUAUUCCUGGUACAGUUCACUUGAAGUGACGACAUACGCGGCUUAUAACACCUGCAAGACAGUAAAUUUAUACAUGUUUUGUCCAAUACUGUAUACACUACAGCAUUCCUCUACGUUGCUCAAUGUCA